ACGGCGGCUUCACUUUCUUUGCCCAUGUUUGGGGUUCAUCAGCGUACAUGCAUAUCAAACGUUCGCUUGAUGGAUUCAUGGUCGUACACUAGAGGCACUGCCCCGAGUCGCGAUCGCACUGGACCAGCAACACACGAUCUUUGCUCUCGAUCCUAGUCAUGGCCAUGCCAAUCUCACAGAACAAAGUGAUAUAUAACCCACCCUCAAGGACCCAACGUCAUAUUGUAUGUGCUUGCCUAGUCACAACCGCCCAAGUCAUCGUUCUCUCGUACUCGAUUCCACUGCUCGGGCAUGCUAUCGUACAAUAUCAUCGACCGAUGCUGUUUGCCACACGAGACUUUGUCCUUGGGCUAAGCGUAUCUACCGCCAUGGCUCAACUUGCUACGAACAUCCUCAAGAUCACCACGGGGAGGUUCCGGCCCAACUUUUAUGCCAUGUGCCACUGGGACAGCAGCAACACGACGCCGUGGGAUGGCACAUCGAAUCUGUGCAUGCUCGCCGUUGGUGAGCUGGAAGGCCGGCAGUCGUUUCCGUCAGGACACACUUCUUGUGCGUUUUCGACGCUCGCCUUCUUCAGCCAUGCUGUCAGCUCUACUUGGUCGGUCGAGCCCACAGGGACACUCGUCAGCGUGGGCGAUCGAGCCGUCAUCGUAUGGCCGCGUUCGGCUGGGCGUCGUUGCCGCUGCUGUUGGCGUUGUGGGUGGGCGUGACUCGAUACCAAGACAAGUGGCAUCACACUGACGAUGUCUUGGUAACGUGACUGCUUUAUCAUUGAUUGAGCUUUGGCAAUUGUAUCAUUGCACUCA